AUGGGUGGUCUUGGUUUUAAGGAGGGUUGCACAUGGAACAAAGUGCUCCUUGCUAAGUUUGUUUGGGCUGUUUCAUCUAAGCAAGAUAUUCUUUGGGUGAAAUGGGUGGACUCCAUUUAUCUGAAGGGUCAGGAUUUCUGGGCAUAUACAGUUCCCCAGGAUGUUAGUUGGUAUUGGAGGAGACUAGUUAAGCUGAGAUCUGUUUUCCCUGCUAAAAGCCUAGCUGAGGCAGUCAAGAAAAACAAGCUCUGCUUGAAAGAUUUGUAUCACCAGUUACUUAACAAGGAAAGAGUAGCCUUUGCUAAUGUGGUCUGGUGCUCCUUGGCUAUGCCUAAACAUAGGUUCAUCUUAUGGCAAGCUACACUUGGUCAUCUACUCACUCGAGAUAAGCUGCACUACUGUCAUCUGGAAUUGCCUUCUUUGCUCUGUCCGGUUAGAGCUCAAAUGGAGGUCUGGCUGGGUAGGGAUAUAUGGCCGAGCAUGUAUGAGAAUUGGUGCUAUUGGAUGGUUGGUAAUCCGAAGGGUCUGAAGCAUCAGGUAUCUGCUGCAGCUUUGGCAACAACCGUGUAUAUGGUUUGGAGGAAUAGAAACCACUGUGUUUUUGAGUUUAGUUCUAUGUUUGUUGGCAGUGUUAUUCAAUUGAUCAAGUUCUAUUUGAGAAAUAGACUAGCCAGACUUCCUAUGUUGAAAAUUAGGAAAAGUGAUUUAGCAUUUUAUGAGACUGUUGUUCAGUUGUAA